GUAAACCGGGCAUCGUUGGCGUUAAACAAAACAAAAAGGUAAAAGAAAACUCAACCACCAGCUUCUUUGUCAUCCUAUAAGCAAAGCUUCAUUUCCAACGCAACACUGUAUCCUCACACACUACAACACUAUCCACACAUGCCGUAGCAGCAGCGGCUAAGUAGCAGAAUUUCAUCUACAAACUUUAUAUUUUUUGGCAUAUUGUCUUGCUCAAAGUAUAUUGGAUGGCCAUUGUACCUUUUGGUAGUACAUCAGCUACUCAAUGGGGAAUUCGUCCUCAGCUUUUCGCAAGAUCGACUACGACAGGGAAGAUUGCAUCCUUCAACCACAGUGUUGCAAGCAGGAUAAGCGUUACGUCUGCACCAAGUUCAAGCUUUUUUGCUCGAGAUUCCUUGCGUGCACUGUUUGAUAUAGGUUCAUCUCAAACUUUGCAUCGUCGCAGGGGAUCAAGGUUGAUAGUUAGAGCAGAUACAGAUUUCUAUUCUGUUCUUGGGGUGUCAAGAAAUUCUACGAAAUCUGAAAUUAAGAGCGCUUAUCGGAAGCUUGCCCGAAAUUAUCAUCCUGAUGUGAACAAAGAACCUGAUGCAGAACAGAAAUUUAAGGAAAUUAGUAAUGCAUAUGAGGUCUUAUCAGAUGAUGAGAAACGAACUAUAUAUGACAGAUAUGGAGAGGCUGGACUUAAAGGUUCAGGAAUGGGCAUGGGGGAUUUCAGCAAUCCUUUUGACCUAUUUGAGUCACUGUUUGAGGGCAUGAGCGGCAUGGGUGGCAUGGGCAGCAGAGGUUCUUGGAAUGGAGCAGUUGAUGGUGAAGAUGAGUAUUAUAGUCUUGUUUUGAACUUUAAAGAAGCCGUUUUUGGAGUGGAAAAGGAGAUAGAGGUUCGGCGAUUAGAGAGCUGUGGAACAUGCAAUGGUUCAGGGGCUAAACCUGGAACUAAAUCAUCCAGGUGUAGCACAUGUGGUGGCCAGGGUCGGGUUGUCUCGUCUACAAGGACUCCAUUGGGCAUCUUCCAGCAGUCUAUGACUUGCUCGUCUUGCAAUGGGACUGGAGAAACUUCAACACCUUGCAAUACAUGUUCAGGGGAAGGUCGAGUGAGGAAGACAAAGCGUAUAAGUCUUAAGGUUCCAGCUGGUGUGGAUUCUGGUAGCCGUUUAAGGGUCCGAAAUGAAGGCAAUGCUGGAAGGCGAGGGGGUGCUCCUGGUGACCUCUUUGUUGUUCUUGAAGUUAUCCCAGAUCCCGUGCUUAAACGGGAUGACAAUAACAUUUUAUACACCAGUAAGGUGUCUUAUAUUGAUGCAAUCUUGGGGACUACAGUUAAGGUUCCUACUGUUGAUGGCAUGGUGGAUUUAAAAGUCCCAGCUGGGACUCAACCAGGCUCAACACUUGUUAUGGCUAAGAAGGGUGUUCCUGUGCUGAAUAAAAAGAACAUGAGAGGUGAUCAAUUGGUUCGAGUGCAAGUUGAAAUACCUAAAAAACUGAGCAAAGAUGAGCGAAAACUUAUUGAGGAACUUGCUGAUUUAAGCAAAGGCAAGACUGCUGCCACCAGUAGGAGAUGAUUAUAUUUAGUGGGAACUUGUAGCCUACGCAUUUCCAGCCCCAUAAAUAUUUUUUUCCUUAUAUGGAUGCUUCAUUCUUGUGGGAACCUUGAAACUCAACUCGGGUCAACUAUUGAUUUUAGAACUGAGGGAGGGUUGAGCAUUUGUUCGUGGAUGUAGGUUACUAGUCCUUAUAGACAGGAGGAUAUGAAGAGCAAAAGAAACUAGAUCUCCUUUUCUCCUUUCUUUUCUUGUUGGAACUUAUAUGCCUUUUUGUAAUUUAUUUUGGGUUGGGGGUGGGGGGAGGUGGAGUUGAAGGAUUAUAUCUUCAGGUGCAAUACCAUUUUUUUUUAUUGUUGCGUUUAGACAAAAUGAAAAUAUAUAUUAAUUUAUUUAAUGUUAUUUAUAAAGCGAGAAAACAACUUUAAUGCUCACAUUUUUUGUUCGG